AUGGAUAAUGAGAUGAGGAAGCUGUACUCUUGUUUCAUCUGUACCAAUUUGCUUGAUGAAGCAACUGCCCUAAGGAAAUGUCGCCACAUAUUGUGCGGGAAAUGCAUUCAUGACUGGCGCUGUUGUCCAAUCUGCUAUGCUGGUCCGGACCUUCUCAUGAGCCUAAGCCAUGAAGAGCCUCUGUUACUAUCAAGGGAAAGGGAGAACAUACCUUCAGCAGAUGAUGAAAAUGUGAAGGCAGAUUCAGAUGUAGAUUGGUACACUGAGGAAUCUGAGACUUCUGAUGAUGAUGAUGAUGAUACAGACUCUGAUAUGGAGGUGGAUGAGCAGGUGGGGUUAGAGGAGUCUGUUCCUGUUGAAACUAGGGAAGAGGAACAUGUUAUGGACAAUGCAAAUCCACCCUUGGGAGUUCAGAAAAUUGAGGAUGCACUAUUGGAUUAUCAUAGGAUUGUGGACAAGGAUGAGGAAGAGAGGGUUAAUUUGGAAAAUGCUGAAAGGCUAUUGGCUUUAAGUGUUGAAAAAGGUAGAAGAAAAAGGCCAAUGGAAGAUGCUUUCCCAUUGCUCAGUUGCUUACCUCCCAGUAAGCGCCUAGCCCCAGAAGCAAAAGAACAGGUUGGCGACGAACACAUCCCGGGGAACCCAGGAUAUGGAGAAGGGAGGACCGGGUGGUUCAAAACCACCAAACCCAGCGGUUAA